AUGGACGGAAUUGUCACUGAGGUUGCAGUUGGCGUAAAGAGAGGAUCUGACGAACUACUCUCAGGCAGUGUUCUCAGUAGUCCGAACUCUAACAUGACCAGCAUGGUGGUUACAGCCAAUGGUAAUGAUAGUAAAAAAUUCAAAGGAGAAGAUAAAAUGGAUGGUGCUCCUUCUCGUGUACUUCAUAUUCGAAAAUUGCCUGGUGAAGUGACAGAAACUGAAGUUAUUGCUUUAGGCUUACCUUUUGGUAAGGUGACCAACAUCCUUAUGCUGAAAGGAAAAAAUCAGGCAUUUUUGGAACUAGCAACAGAGGAAGCAGCUAUUACCAUGGUUAAUUACUAUUCUGCUGUGACACCUCACCUUCGUAACCAACCGAUUUAUAUCCAGUACUCCAAUCACAAAGAACUAAAAACAGAUAAUACAUUAAACCAACGUGCUCAAGCAGUUCUUCAGGCUGUGACUGCUGUCCAGACAGCAAACACUCCUCUUAGUGGCACCACAGUCAGUGAGAGCGCAGUGACUCCAGCCCAGAGUCCAGUGCUCAGAAUAAUUAUUGACAAUAUGUAUUAUCCUGUAACGCUUGAUGUUCUUCACCAAAUAUUUUCUAAGUUUGGUGCUGUAUUGAAGAUAAUCACAUUUACAAAAAAUAACCAGUUUCAAGCUCUUCUCCAGUAUGGCGAUCCAGUAAACGCUCAGCAAGCAAAACUAGCCCUAGAUGGUCAGAAUAUUUAUAAUGCUUGCUGUACCCUAAGGAUUGAUUUUUCCAAACUUGUGAAUUUGAAUGUAAAAUACAACAAUGAUAAAAGUAGGGAUUAUACUCGACCUGAUCUUCCAUCUGGGGAUGGACAACCUGCAUUGGACCCAGCUAUAGCUGCAGCGUUUGCCAAGGAGACUUCUCUCUUAGGGCUUCCUGUUGCAGCUGUUCCAGGAGCUCUGAGUCCUUUGGCUAUUCCAAACGCUGCUGCAGCAGCUGCCGCAGCUGCUGCUGGCCGAGUGGGUAUGCCUGGAGUCUCAGCUGGUGGCAACACAGUCCUGUUGGUUAGCAAUUUAAAUGAAGAGAUGGUUACGCCCCAAAGUCUGUUUACCCUCUUCGGUGUUUAUGGAGAUGUGCAGCGUGUGAAGAUUUUGUACAAUAAGAAAGACAGUGCUCUAAUACAGAUGGCUGAUGGAAACCAGUCACAACUGGCCAUGAAUCAUCUUAAUGGACAGAAGAUGUAUGGAAAAAUUAUUCGUGUUACUCUGUCUAAACAUCAGACUGUACAACUACCUCGAGAGGGACUUGAUGAUCAAGGGCUAACAAAAGAUUUUGGUAAUUCCCCAUUGCAUCGUUUUAAGAAACCUGGAUCCAAAAAUUUUCAGAAUAUUUUCCCUCCUUCUGCAACCCUUCACCUAUCCAAUAUCCCUCCUUCAGUAGCAGAAGAAGAUCUCCGAACACUGUUUGCUAACACUGGGGGCACUGUGAAAGCAUUUAAGUUUUUUCAAAGAGAUCACAAAAUGGCUCUUCUUCAGAUGGCAACAGUGGAAGAAGCUAUUCAGGCCUUGAUUGAUCUUCAUAAUUAUAACCUUGGUGAAAACCAUCAUCUGAGAGUGUCUUUCUCCAAGUCAACAAUUUAA